GUUAAGGCCAUUGGAAAUGUCCACUUUGUUCAGUUUGCGUCUGAUGGCAUCUUUGGGUGGAUUCUCACCAACCAAAAGCUCAUUGACACAUUUCUGUCAGGGCCUAUUGAAUUUCGCAACAGACAGUUCAGCAGGGCAGGAGCUUCCGAUGAUGUCAGGGUGUCUUCCGGCCCCGCCCCCUUGCCUCGUAUACCCAAUCCCAUCGCCUGUGUGUCACCCAAUGACAUGCUCAUCUUUCAGCUCACCAUCAAUCAUACCGACCGCCGCCGCAGCCACUUUCCCGCGUACCAGAAGGACCACCUCUUCAGCAGCAACCCCAGCUGGGACUUCGGCGCAUUCCGCAAGCUGGAGCAGCUCAUAAAGCACAGCCAGUUCAACUCCUCCCGGUUUGCACACGUGUUCACCGACACUGGGAAGUACGUGUUCCAGGACAGUGCUGUGCCUGACUGGAGCCUCAUCGUGGUGGUGAGCGAGCCGGGGGCAGAGUGUGACCCCGCGGGAGCCGUCUUCCAGCCCAGCUCCCCCGCCCAGCUGGUCAGACAUGGCGUCCUCAAACAGCACCGCCUCAACCUGCUGCCCAACUGGGGUGCCAUCGCAGGUGUGCUGGGUCUGCUGGUGCUGCUGAUUGUGGUUCUGACCGCCACGGCUCUGGUUCUGAAGCAGAGCAGCAGCGGGCUGAACGCAAGGAGACAGAAGCCCAGGUGGCGCAGCCUGGGGGAACCAAACAUCCCCCCCGGAUACGUGUACGCAGGGGACAGUCUGGACAGGUGUGACGCCCUGGGGCUCAGAGGGGUGGGAGAGGGAGCGGAGGCCGUGGAGCCCGCUGUCUGCAGAGGAGGGUACAAAAGUGGGAGGGUGGAGCUGGAGGAGUUCAACGUGAGGACGCUGUAUGACAAACUGGAGGAUCAGACUCUGCACCUGGCCUGCCAACUGGCCAAGCACCGCAAAGACACCCAGGAGUUCUACAGGAACAUGUGCCAGAAGGCCGACGCUGUGAGGGAUCUUCUGGAAAACAUGGACGACACCAAACUGGAGCAGCUGAAGGAGCUGCUAGGUCUGGACCGGUCCCAGUCCAUGGUGACAGCAGAGAAAGAGGGACAGGCGGAGAAAGAGGACGCCAAAGCCGACCGCCCCGUGGCUUUGAUGGAGGCAGUCCUGCAGGCCGUGGAGAGGCUGCUCUACAGGGUGGACAGGGAGAGCUGGGGCCUGCAGGAAGAGGAGACCGCGCCCUGUCCCGGCGAGGCGGGGGACUGUGGGGCACACACAGGGUGCAUACAGGGAUUGCACGGCUCCUUGCAGGUCUCCUCGGCUGACAUGACCGAACCCAGAGCAGUCCAGGAGACAGGACCUCUGCCUGCUGACACGGUGAACCUGCAGAGUGCGGAGGCCUGUCUCAGUGAGGAGAACCUCUCUAAGCUGGUGGUGCUGACCCCGCUCUCCAGGACCCUGAAGGAGAUUCAGCAGUCACUCCAGAACCUGUCUCCAGCUGGAGCAGCUGAUGUUGGUGAGUCACUGGAGGAGCCAGCAGGGCACCUGGCUCCCGUUGCCCUGGGCAACCUCUCUCCCCAUCACUUUGCCAUCUUCCUGUUUGGCUGUCACAUCGUGCACCUGCUGCGUGACGCUCAUGGCUUCCCCCCUGCCACACUGCUCCUGGCCCACACGGUUCCCGUCUCCCGCUGCUGUGGGCUGGUGGAGCACUGCCACAGAGACUUCUACUAUGACUCCAACAACUGCAUGCUGUACCUGCGCACGGCCAAGCUGGAGAACGCGGGCGAGUUCGUAGCUGUGCUGCUGCACUCCAUGGCCUUCAUCUCUGCAGGCUCUGCCCCAAAGGACUUCAUCCAGGCUCUGCACCGCGCCAUCUCCGUCCUGAGCCUGGCCCUGUUCGACGCCUCCUUCCGCAGCGGCCCAAACCAGGUCAGCGGCGUUUUCAGCCCAGAUUCUGCGCGACAGCUGGACUCGCGCCCUGAGGGCGGCUGGCUUUUCCAGGCUGGGAGGGUCGCAGGGAGCCCAGCUGGGGCUUUGGCUGAAGACUUCCUCCAGGUCAAACUUCCAUCUGCGGCACGUUUCUCUGAGGAUCAGCUGGCACAGAGACUUCAGAAAUUCAAGUUCUUCAAGUUACCGCAGCUCCUGAAGGACUUCAAACCUCAUUCAGCACUGGGGACUGGCAAAGGUCCUGCACCAACAGAUGAGGAAGCAGCAGUGCAAGAGCUCUGGCUGGAGCAGGAGAUUGACCGGCUGAACGAGGCUUUCCUUCAGCUCAGCCUGGGGCUCCAGGAACGGGCAGGGAGGACCACAUGGCCAGAGGAAAACCACCAUGGGUUCCACAGCGCUGCACAGGGAGCAGCGGAAUCUCCUCUCAGUCGCCAUGGCACCCUACUGCUGGAGCUGCGGAGACGCUGUGUGGUCCAGAGGCUCAGCGAGAUGCAUGACCGACUGUCUCAGAUCAGCAAACACCAGCCAGACAGCCAGGAAACAGACUGCCAGAAACCUGCCGGCCAGGAAGCAGACAACAAGGGACCAAGCGGUCAGGGACCAGACAGCCAGGAACCAACCAGUCAGGGACAGGCCAGCCAGGAAUCAGACAGCCAGAAACCAGAGAGCUUUGUUCUCGAGGGGAGGGGAUAACUACAUUUACAUUUACAUUUAUUCAU